AUGAAAUCACUUAAUCUAUAAUUUGGAGAUAAUCGAUAGAAUUAGAGAGAGGAUAUGUUUCUUGCAAAUAUAAUUGAAAGAGUUUAAUUAGGAAAAAUAGGAUUGAUAUCUUUUGUUGAUUAAGCCUAAUUCAUUGAUUUGAUGACAUAAAAAUAUAAAAAAAAAGCAAAAGUAUUACCUGUUUUCAAUAAAACAUAUUAAGCAAUUUAAAUAAACUUGGCUAAGCAUUAACAAUCAUAAUAAAAGAUGUAAGAAGUAAGUUAUGAAAUAAAAACAAUAUCAUCAACUCGUCAUUUAGGUUAUAGAGGAUCCAUUAAUAUUUCAAAUAAAAGUGGAGCUCUAUUGGCACAUAAAGAUAGUAAUUUAAAAGAACAUUAAACAUAUGAAUUUAGUGAUAAGGAAAUUUUAGAUUAAUAAAUUUUAGAAGAAGCUACUAAAACAGAAAAAAAUAAAAGAAAUUUCAGAUUGUCUUAGAUUACUUCUAAUAAAAAAGAGAUUAAAGAUUUUAAAACAAUUCAAACUAGUCGUGAUAAUACAUAAGAUUAAUUGUUAAAAUAAGAUAAUUUAUCAACAGCAAGAAAUGAAAAAUUAAAUUAUAAUUUGUUGACUUAAGAAGAAUCAGAUCAUUCUUUAUCAUAAAUUAAAAUGGAAUCAUAAUAAUCCUGUUUGAUUCCAAGUGAAAAGCUUAGGUAUGGAUUAAAUACAAACUUCACUUCUGAAAUAUCAAAUGGAUAAGUAUAAAAUUAUUCUGCAACUUUUAAUAAUUAAUAAGAAUGCAAUUAACAAUAAACUUUAACAUCUAGAAAAUAAUCAGAUGUUCUAUUAAAAUAAAUUAAAGGUAAUUAUCCUUAAUAGGCAUAUUUAAUGACUUAGCCAGAUAACAAUCAAAAAAGAUAAACUUUAACACCAGUCUCAAAAUCUAAAAUCCCAUAAUCAUUUGAUUAAAAACCAAAUAAUAUUAAUUAACAAACAAAUAAUGGAAAUAGAAAUGAAAAAUAAUUAGUUAUAGUUAAAUCUUAAAAACAAACUCAUAAAUAGAAAUAAUCAUAAAAGGAAUUUAAACAAAAGAAAAAUUAAUAGCAUAAACCUGAAAAUUCUUUAGUGGAUUAUUAAAAAUCUAUAGGAGAUUUAGUAAAAAAUUAAGUGGAAUAGAAAAUAACUACAGAAACUAGUUUUUGUGGUAAUAUCAAUAAUUCAUAAAGAGUGAACAGAAAAGAGUUGGAUGAAAGAUAAUUAGAAAGUCCUUAAUUUGUUAAAACAGAUUACAUAGAAGGUAUGGUUAUAAAGCAUUCCCCUUAAUCAUCACUACCAAAAGAAACUAGAUAAGAAGUUCAUUAUAGACCAGAUUCAAAUGUUUAGAACAAAAGCGAGCAUUCUUUUUAGUCUAAGAGACAAACUAUAGAUUAAUAAGAAAUUAAUUCAUUAAUUCCUCCUUUAUCUUCAAAAACAUUAACUUCAACUCAGAAAGAUAAGAUAGAUUAAAGAAACUCAGUUAGUAAUAAUUCAGAAACUGAUUAAAAAUAGCAUAAAAAUUAAUUAACAGUUUCAUUUAAGAGAGGGUCUAAAAGAAUGAAAUCUCACAAUGUUUAAGGAAAUGAAAAUGAAUAUGAUUAAUAAGAUGAAGAGAAUAAACGAAGAUACUCAUAAGAGAGAGUAUUUAAAAAUGAUAACAGAUUUGAAAAGAUUGAAGAGGAUAGAUAUUAAUAUACAAUAAAUAAUUUAGAAUAGACUGGAAGUUCAUCUUCAUUAAAUAAUUAUGAAAAUGAUAAUAAUAAUAAUUAAAUAAAUAUUUAAGUAAGUAGAUGUGAUAAUAGAGAAAAUAUAAUAGAAGAAGAAUCAUUAGAUGGUUCUAUGAGAUAACAUUAAACUAUAUUAUUUUAAACUUAAGAUAGGAUUCAUCUUAAGAUUGGUGAUAAUUCAUUUCAUCCUUAAUCCUCUUCCAGGAGUGUUGCCAAAUCUGUUACACCAAAUACUCCUGUUGGAUCUGUAUAUAAUGCUUAACCUAGCAAUAAUAGUAGUAUCCAAAAUAAUUAAGUGUAAAAAAGGAAGAAAUAAUCUAAUUAAAAUAAAAGACCUUAAUUAUCAAAUGAAUAUUCUCAAACAAAGAUUUCCAUAUAAAAAUAGAAAUCAGAAGAUAGCUAUUAUGAAAAAGAAUAUACAAAUGAAUCUUCCUAAGAGCCAGAAAGAACAAGCAGAUUGAAACCUAAGAAAGUAUAAUAGAAAUUAUAACCACCUUCUAUAUAAAUUUAAUAAUAAAGAAGAAAAUCUUCUGCAUAAGUAUCUCCAAUGGAUGUAUUAUUCUUUAUUUUAUUUAUAAUUAGCCAAGAAAAGCAGAACAAUAAGAGAAAGAAAAAUAAAAGUAAAUUGAGUAUUAGAAAUAAAUUGAGAGAAUGAAAUUAGAAAGAGAAUUAAUGGAAUAGUAUAAAAUACCUGAUGAUAUGUCUCUUCCAUAAAAAAAAUAAAUUAUUGAAUAACUCAUUGGUGAAUUGAGUCAUCAACAUGACCAAGAUGUUAAAUAUUAAGUUUCAUUAUGUAAAAUAAUUGUUAUUCUUUAGAUAAUGAAAGAUAAGAUUAAAUUUAAAAUAUUUAAAGAAAUUAUGAAGAAAAGAUAGAUUUCAGAUAUAAUAUUGUUAAUAGUUGUUAUUAUGAAAUGGAUUAUUUAAGUGAACAUAAAUUAAAAUUAAAAUAAAAAGAUUAAGAAAUCUAAAAAAUUGUACAUUUGAAAUUUUAAGAUUAACAUUACAAUAAUCAACCUUAACAAAAUCAAAAUGGAGAUAAAGAAGAAGAAGUAGGGUCUCCUUAAAAAAAAUAAAGUAAGUUGAUUUGUAGUUUUGAUCCAGUUGAAAUUGAGAAUCAAUUAAAAAGAAGAUGUGAAUUUAUGAAUGAAACUCAAUUUCUUAAAUUUCUAAAAUCAUUUUAAUCUGAAUUUGAUAAAAAGGUAUAUUAAUGCAAUCUCGAUCAUCCUAUAUAAGAUAUUAGGUAAGAAGAUAAGUAAUUCACAAAAGGGCUUAUUACUCGCAAUUUUAAAAGAAAAUAAACUAAAAAUGUAACAUCUAAAAUUGAAAUUAAUAAUUAUUAAAUGGAUAUGAAUAAAAUUUAAUAUGUUAAAGAAAAAGCACCUAAAAUCUAAAAAUUAGGAUUAUAUCUUUUAAUGAACUCUUGA